AACUCUGUUGUUCUCACAUCGCACGAGUGUCUACGGAGUCAAGACUGAGAAUUUAACUUGAAGCGGAAGUUUUAAGCGUACGUUUUUAUUUUAGCCGUUUUGCGGCGUCUACAUUGUAAAACCUCAAUCGGAUAAAAUGAAGCACAUCAUUGGAAUAGGGGGUGUGACUAAUGGUGGUAAAACCACCCUGACAAACAGAUUAAUAAAAGCCUUACCAAACUGCUGUGUGGUUCACCAGGAUGACUUUUUCAAGCCGCCGGAUCUGAUAGCAGUCGGAGAGGAUGGCUUUAAACAGUGGGAUGUGAUCACAGCUUUGGAUAUGGAGGCCAUGGUGAACACCGUCAAGGGCUGGAUGGAAAACCCAAUCAAAUUCGCCCGUUCUCACGGCAUCCAGGUGACCCCAGCCACGGAAAUGGACGACCCUGAGAGCCAAGUGCACAUACUCAUCGUAGAAGGAUUUCUGCUCUACAACUACAAGCCUUUGCUGGAAUUCUUUGACAAAUCAUAUUACAUAACCAUCCCAUAUGAGGAGUGCAAGUCAAGGAGAAGAACCAGGCAAUACACCGUCCCCGACCCUCCUGGGCUCUUUGACGGUCACGUGUGGCCCAUGUACCUGAGACACAGAAGUGACAUGGAGAACUGUGGUUUGCCGAUCGAAUACUUGGACGGCUUGAAAACGAAAAACGAAAUCUACAAUCAGGUUCACGAAGACAUCCACAACACACUCCUGAAUCGUUUAUAGCAAUGGGAGGUUGCAACUGAUCAUCUGUACAGUAUAUUGUAAAUAUCAAUCUUACUUGAAGUGGCCUUUUGUUUUUAAACAAAUUGAUUUGUAAAUAGUUUGACCAGAAUCUAACUUAAAUACUUGUGGAGGAACUUUUUUGCAUUACCAUUUUUUGGACUGUAUCCAUAUUUUAAUUCUUUUUUUAAAAUAGUUUUUGCCAUUGUCUUUCAAAGCACUCAUUGGAACUAGUCUGUUAACCACAAAAAAAACUGAAUUGUUUUUGUACCUGUGUACCAAUAAACAUUGUGCUUUGACUUCUU